UCCGACUGAAAACACAACACCACACUGACUAACGGAAAAGCGAGAGUUUGCCGAAAACAACGUCGACAGCAACAGAGUCACUGUGUUCUUCAGCCCUUAUCUGCUUCGCUUCGCGCGUAUAACAAACACAUACUUGUCAAAAAAAUAACAACAGUUUACCUUCGUCAACCAUUCGGUUUUUGUGACUCGGCUUGAAGUGAUUUCUGCUCCUCAACCGUCUCACCUCCGCCAUCUUGGACGACUGGAAUCUAACCAACCAUGGAGUCAUUGGAUUUAGUCAGCCCUUAUCUUUACAAGUACAAAAAGAGGAGCUUUCUGGUCAAUGACAAAAUGCGACCCAAGGACCUCGAUGAUCUUCUUGAUUUUGAGCUCCGUCCAACUGAUGUCUUCCUUGUCACGUACCCCAAGUCAGGCACAGUGUGGAUGCAACAGAUCCUGGUUCAGAUUAUGGACACUGCUCACCCUGAACAGGCAGAGGGGUUAAACAAUAGAGAUCGAGUCCCUUGGCUGGAGGAGAGAUCUGCAGACAACCCUUUCAGAGACAGACCAGAUCCUCGGAUGUUUGGCUCACAUCUUCCCUUUGAAAUGUUGCCCCUGGACAUAAAAGCCAAGCAAGUCAAGGUUGUCUAUGUUUGGAGAAACCCAAAGGAUAUUGUAGUGUCUUCAUAUCACUUUGCUCAUAGUUGGGUCUUGCUAGAGACACCCAAGAGCUUUGAGGAUUUCUUUGAGCAAUUUCUGGAUGGUGAUGUUUACAUGGGAUCAUGGUUUGAUCAUGUGAAGGAGUACUACGCACAACAGGACCAAGUGAAUAUCCAUUUUGUCCAGUAUGAGAACUUGUUGAAGGACCUCAGAGGCGAAGUUGUGAAGCUUUGUGCUUUCCUUGGAAAAGACCUGACAGAUGAAGCGAUCGAUCGUAUUGUUGACAUGUCCACCUUCAAAAGCAUGAAGAACAACACCACAGCAAACUACAAGGAUUUGAUUGAAAAAGGCCGCUACAAGAAAGAAACCAUGCGUAAAGGUGUGGCAGGAGAUUGGAAGAAUCACUUCACAGUGGCCCAGAAUGAGCGUUUUGACCGUGUCUUCAAAGAGAAGAUGAGCAACGUUCCUAUAACCUGCACCUGGGAGAUCAGUCAGUAGAUUCUCUACAAAUUCAGAGGCUGAUGUUCAUCUCAAUAGCUUUGACUGCCAGUCCAGCAAAUAUUGUAUGAAUAUAAUUAAAUGUAUGGUUUUGGGUUAGUAUUAAGCAAUCACAAAUAAUAUUCCAAGCAAAAACAAAACAUAUAAGUCACUACUAGACUGAUUUAUUUACUUUUUACGUAUUACAAGAAUGUUUUAAAAGAUAUUUUAAAGGUUACACAAUGGUUUCUUUUUGUUUGUGUAUUUCUUGAGACUUUGCAAUUUGCCUCUACCGCUGCUGUGACAUUCACAUAUCAUUGAUGGGAGUAGAGAAUCUCAAAAAUGGCCAUGGCAAUAACAUUAAACUGUAAAACAACA